UGCUUUUUUUUUUUUGUAAUUUUUUUUUCCAUGUGUUCACUUCCGGGUCCGGCGCCGAUCCGGAUGCCCGAGGCCGAAGGAUGUUUGACCUCCGGAUAAGCGAGGCGCCUCUGUGCAUUCAUUGCCGGCUGCAUCGGAGGCUCCAGCGGCGGCCCGGGCGGCGACUGUCCGGCCAGCGGCGGCGGUAGGAGGCACCGGCAGGAGUCCGCGCUGCGCUCCCUCCCUCGCUGCGCGGCUCGCUUUCCUCCUCCGGCCGCCUCCGCCGCGGCUGACGGACCGACCGAGGCAGGCCGGCCGGGGGCGCCGCCCGCACCACCCCGCGGCUCGUGGCCGCGCCUCUGAGGUAAAAGCCCCGGUCGGCGCGGCCGCUGCUCUGAGCUCUCUGUCAAGAAUCACUUCAUUCAAAAGAUCCCUUGGAAGACAUGUUUUGCUGAGAGGACAACUGUUCGGAUUCUCACGGAUGGGAUGAACACGCCCCAGUUAGCUGCCCACCUGCCGCGACCUGAAUGGUAGCGUUGCCCACCUGGUGCAGCGCCCAGUGAUGGACCUGCUCUCACCAGACCCCAUUUCAGUGUGCUGGUCUUGAUUAAAGAAUUCAAAGUGGAGUACCGCAAACUUGAUAUGGAUAAUAAAAAGAAAGACAAGGACAAAGUGGAUGACAGGAUGGCACGGCCCAGUGGCCGAUCAGGACACAGUGCUCGAGGAACUGGCUCUUCCUCUGGAGUUUUAAUGGUUGGACCUAACUUUAGAGUUGGAAAGAAAAUCGGAUGUGGCAAUUUUGGAGAACUACGAUUAGGGAAAAAUUUAUAUACAAAUGAAUAUGUGGCAAUUAAACUGGAGCCCAUGAAAUCCAGAGCGCCACAGCUGCAUUUGGAGUACAGGUUCUACAAGCAGUUAGGAUCUGGAGAUGGUAUACCUCAAGUUUACUACUUUGGCCCUUGUGGUAAAUACAAUGCCAUGGUGCUGGAACUCCUGGGGCCCAGUUUAGAGGACCUGUUUGACUUGUGCGACAGGACGUUUUCCUUGAAGACGGUUCUCAUGAUAGCCAUCCAGCUGAUUUCUCGUAUGGAAUAUGUCCAUUCAAAGAACUUGAUCUACAGAGAUGUAAAACCUGAGAACUUCUUAAUAGGACGACCAGGAAACAAAACGCAACAAGUUAUUCAUAUUAUAGAUUUUGGUUUGGCAAAAGAAUAUAUUGAUCCAGAGACAAAGAAGCAUAUACCAUACAGAGAACACAAAAGCCUUACGGGAACAGCAAGAUACAUGAGCAUAAACACGCACUUAGGAAAAGAACAAAGUAGAAGAGACGAUUUAGAAGCUCUGGGCCACAUGUUCAUGUAUUUUCUAAGAGGCAGUCUUCCUUGGCAAGGCUUAAAGGCUGACACGUUGAAAGAAAGGUACCAGAAGAUUGGAGACACAAAGCGAGCCACACCGAUAGAAGCACUGUGUGACAAUUUCCCAGAAGAAAUGGCAACAUAUCUUCGUUAUGUAAGAAGGCUAGACUUCUUUGAAAAGCCAGACUAUGACUACUUAAGAAAGCUUUUUACUGAUUUGUUUGAUCGAAAAGGAUACAUGUUUGAUUAUGAAUAUGACUGGAUUGGUAAACAGCUGCCUACUCCAGUGGGUGCAGUCCAGCAAGAUCCUGCUCUGUCAUCCAACAGAGAAGCACAUCAGCACAGAGACAAGAUGCCGCAAUCCAAAAACCAGGUUGUAAGUUCCACAAAUGGAGAGUUAAAUACAGAUGACCCGACUGCAGGUCGUUCAAAUGCACCCAUCACGGCCCCUACGGAAGUAGAAGUGAUGGAUGAAACCAACUGCCAGAAAGUGUUGAACAUGUGGUGCUGCUGCUUUUUCAAGCGAAGGAAAAGGAAAACCAUUCAGCGCCACAAGUGACGGGACGCCGCCGACGGGCGUUGUUUGAGCCCCUGCCCGCGUGGCCGCUCCCUCGGCCCUGCCCACGUGUGUGCGAGACUCGCUCUUAGGAACACGAGCGUUGUACUUUCAUACUUCACUUUGUGGUUGUCUUACAUUCAUAUUUUUUUCCUAAUUUUUAUGGAAGCUUUAAAGUUUUGUCAAAAUAUGAGUGCUUUGCCCAUCGAGGAGCGGCACGGACCAGUGAGGUGGUGUUGAGAAGUACAGCUGGGUAGGGCACUCUCCACGAGCCCCUCUGCCGUAGAGCGCAGUGCGGGAGCUGAUGUGUUGGCCAGGCGUGUGCCCGAGCAGGGUUUCUGUGACUUCUGUCAGAGUGUAGACUCCCAGGAAUUUUCAUCCCUGCAGUGGGGAAAGUAGAGGACGGCCAAGUUGCCCAAAUAUUUCAAAGACGUUGUUCCUCAAGAAGUUCUGUGUGACAUCUGCGUUGAUCUCAGUAUUACUGAUGGUACUGUCCUUCGUGGGUCACCCUAGCAUUCUCUGUGAAAUCAUGGUACAGUCAUGCCCAGAGGUACGGAGGAAAGCGCUCUGGGGCUUGGCGGGCGGCAGCACGGAUGCCACGGGCCACGGCUGUGGGGCUCUUCUUCCAUUCCCCUGGGGGAAGAUCAGUGGCACAGAAGGGGCGGAAUCGCUGAUUUUUUUAAAAAGCGAGAUAUUUGUAAAAAUGUAACUUUAUGCUUCCAGAUAACAGUGUGUGUUAGACAGCAAGCAGUGAAUACUUUGGGAAGUGAUACAUGUUGGAGUUAAAAUACACUAAGGAGAAGAAGCAGGCGGGAGGUGCCGCUCUGCGGAGGGCCUGGCCGCCUCCGCUGGGUGGCGCCCUUCUCCCUUGCGCAGGAAACGUGGCUGGGCCGUGCGCUGGUGUCUGUUUCUUCGUUAUUUUGCUCUUUGAUACAAAGGCCCCCAGCAAUAAAAACUGGGUCACUCUAUUGCCCUCUGUCCACAUUAGUCUCUUGUGUUCCACUCUGUCGAUUGUCUGGAGCGCUGUACUCUGGCGUGGUUUACGAUGGAAGAACCCGUGGGAGAGAACGAGGCAGGUGCUUUGCCUCCUUGGUCUUCUGCAGUCUCUUGAAGUGCCUGCGUGUGAACAGUGACAGUUCUGUGAAGAAGGAAGCCCAUUCCAUUUGUCACCCAUGCUUUGUUUCAAGCCAUAAGGACACAGGUGUGCUUUUGUCACGUGUCUGCUAGCCGGCGUUUUCGAGAAGAGUUGAGGCGGCAAGCCUGGCUGGGACGAAGAUUGUGUGGCUCGUUCUCUGUGCACCCUUCAUUUCCGGAGUGUCGCUUGGUCUGUCUCUCAGUGCAUGCCUCCAGGUGUGCUUAUUUAUUUUUAUUGUCUCAAGGUAACAUUUAAAAUGUGUAUUAAAGUAAAAUAAAUCCACUGUUUUUACUUUACUAUUACAUUUACAUGGGUUUAAUUAUACUUUGUAAUUUAUUUUUUCUUAUUAGCCAAAAGUUCAGUGUGUUGUUUUUGAAGAAUUAGGCACUGUUCUCAAAUCAGGGGGGUGUUUGUCAUUGUUGCUCUGAAGCCUAGGAACGCCCUUUUCUUGGUUUCAAAGGCCUAUGCUCAGCUUUGGAGACACGUGCCAUGUAGUUCGGGUUCCAGUUGCAUCCUGCUUAUCUACGGUCAGGAUACCUUAAGCUACAGGCGCUGUACACUGAGUUUUUAAUUUUUGUUUGCUUGGAGCAAGGUAGAUGGAUGUUUUGGCCAUUAUAAUGUGAAACCACUUCUUUCUUUACAGUAUUUGACCAAAUUUGUGUGUCUAUGAUAUUUGUAAAUACCUGCGAAAUGUGUAUUUCUUAUCAUAAGCCUAUUUAGUUUUAUCUCAGUAGGGUUUUUUGGACUGUACAGUGUUUAUAUGAUCUGAACUCCUUAUACAUAAGAAGGUGUGUAUAUUAAUCCAAUUAUGGACUUAAAAUAUUUUAAAAGUAUAAAUACCCUUAUUUGCUGCAAUGACCAGUGUGUAGACAUUUGCUUUCUAGCAAUAUUUUUAAGUGCUCCAUUUUAAUGCCAAGGAAUAUGUCUUUUGGCAAUACAAACUGGUCAGUAAUAGGUAAUGCAGGUUUGUUCAGGUUAAGCCGACGAUGUUCUGCAUUUUUAUGCUUCUUUUCUGUCAACACUAAUGAAGUCAACAUUGCCUGAAUGUCUGAAUAAUGAAACACAUCCCCGUUGAAAAGUAUGUAACUGAAAAAACAAAAAGAAAUAAAAAAUAAAGGUAGUUUUUUUAAACUUG